AUGGACGAGAUUUUGAUAUAUUCACCAUCUGAGGAGGAACACGAUAAACACUUGCGGAUAAUACUUGAAUUGCUUAGAUUGCACAAAUUAUAUGCCAAGUUUGAGAAGUGUGAAUUUUGUCUUUCAAAGGUAAAAUUUUUGGGCCACGUGGUGUUGGAGGAAGGAGUGACUAUUGAUUCCUCUAAGGUAAAUUUCAUACAAGCUUGGGAACGACCUAAAAAUCUUUUUGAGAUUCGGAGUUUCUUGGGGUUAGCCAGGUAUUACUGCCGUUUUGUAAAGGACUUCUCUAGACUAACCACACCAUUGACCAGGUUGACUAGAAAGGGUGUCAAGAUUGUAUGGAAUGAGACUUGUGAGAAAUCAUUUCAAGAACUGAAGGCUAGGUUGACCACCGCACCAGUUUUGAUAAUUUCGGAAUGGGACUUGGGUUAUACUGAGUAUUGUGAUGCGUCCUAG